UCGUAGGAAAGUAACAGGCUCUCAAUCCCAUGUUUAGCUGUUAACUACAAUCAAUCAUGGGAUGAUUGUGUCUGAAUCGAGUUAAUCCCACGCACUUGCAAGUAAGGGACAAAAAGUUGAAAUCUUGGACACCCCCCAUUUUCAUAUGGAGUCCCCUCCUCCUCCUCCUCCUCCUCCUCCGCCGCCGCCGCCGCCGCCGCCGCCACCGCCACCGCCGCCGCCAUUCGACGCGCCUUCUCCGGCGGCAUCGCACGCAGGUCGCUACAAGCCCAUUUGGCGCCUCCUCUUGAUUUCAAACCUCGCCCUCGGCGCUUAUAUCUUCUCACAAGCCGGGAGAAGGAACAAGAUUAAAACUGCUGACCAUGUGGUAGAAGAGAGCAAAGCGGCAAAAGAAGUUUCUGCUUCUCCACCAAUAAAUAUGGAUACUUAUGCAGAGGAAUCCCUUCUUCAGUCCUUGGCCACGGAGCCUGUGAAAAUUCAUCUGCCCAUUCCUGAAGAAGAAAAACGGGAGCUAUUCAAAUGGAUUCUAGAAGAGAAAAGGAAAGUGAAACCCAAGAACCAUGAAGAGAAAAGGCAAAUUGAUGAGGAAAAGGCCAUCCUUAAACAGUUCAUCCGUGCAGAAUCUAUCCCGGAUUUAUAGCUAAUUGUUCCAAUUCCUCCUCAGUGGAUUGUUAGUUAACAUUUUGACUUACAAGAGCUGCUUUCAGGAUAUGCACAUUUUUGUAGAUCAAUAACUGUUGAAUUUCUAUUGGUUGGCUGAGGCUUUUCUGCUGUGCUUGAGCUGCAUGAGCUGCACUUACUUACCCUGAAUGAGCGGGUUUUGCAGCUGUAGCUGGAAAAAGUUAUCAUUCUUGCCAGCUCUGGGAGAGGCAGACAUCACAUUAUUCGGUGGUUUCUCGGCAUGCAAGAUGCAAACUACUCAAGCCUUCAAUAUCGGCGUCUUUGGUCAUGCGUGGGCUGUACACAGUGCAUGGGAGCUGAUAUAGAGUCACCAGAACCUCCUCAAGAGAAACCUUACAACUAUUAGAGCAUUAUUUCUUUGACCACUAAUCAACUCUUACAUAUGAGCGUUGCUAGUAAGGUUGAAAUUUUAUCUCCUUACAAUUGUUACA